AUUUUGAACAGUCAGUUUAUGUUUGAAUUUGUUUAACUAAAGAUGGAACUGAACAUUAUACCGCUGCCACAGGAAUUGCAAAAAAUUGCCAACGAAGAAUUAGGUGAAGUUACCGAAAGGAUAUAUGAAGAUUUGAAAAUGUUAAAAGAAUGGAUACAAAUGCAGCCACAUUUGAAAGCACGAAUAGAUGAUAGAUUUUUAUUGCAAUUCCUAAGGGGAAGUAAACACAGUUUGGAGAAGACCAAAGAUAAGCUGGAACAUUUCUACAGAUUGAGGGCUAAAUAUGCAGAUAUGCUGACUACAGUGGAUGUCGAUUCUUCGUUAUUUAGUGAUUAUGUUAAGACAAGAUCAUUCUCUCCUCUGCCCAUGCCCUUGAAUGGCAAUGGUCCCCGUAUUAUUUAUGCCAAUUAUAAUAUAGAUCCUCGCUCAUAUACCACCAAUCAAAUAUUACAAAUUGUGGUAACCUUUACGGAAUUACUACUGCUGAGUGAUCCCUAUGCCAGCAUUAAUGGCAUAUUGGCAAUUUUUGAUUUUGAGAAAUUCAGCACAGAUUUCAUUGCUAUGUUGACACCAAACGCUGUAAAGUGUCUAUUUCUGUUUAUAGAAAAAGCGAUGCCUGCUCGUUUUAGGGGUCUAUAUCUCAUUAAUAUUUCAAUACUUGCAGAUAAAAUCAUAAAAAUACUGUGGCCCUAUAUACCAGAGAAGGUUAAAAAUCGGGUCCAUGUUUAUUCCAACAUCGAUGAUAUGCAGGAACAAAUACCUAGGAAAUAUUUACCCAAGGACAUUGGCGGAGAAAAUGGUUCCAUAGAUAAGAUUAGCGCUGAAUAUUUGCAACUCUGGGAAGAAUAUCGCGACUAUUUCCGAGAUAAUUCUAACUAUGGUUUGGAAGAAAGUUUGCGUUUGGGUAAUAAAUGUGCAAAUGGGGCAGACUUGGGUAUUGGUGGUUCAUUUAGAGCGAUUAAUUUUACAUUCGCGGCCUUAAACAUGAUGCAAAUUAGACCGCUCCCAGAGGAAUUACAAAAAAUUGCCUGUGAGGAAUUGGGCGAAGUGCCUGAAAGAAUUCCCGAGGCUGUAAAUAUAGCAUGCGAUCCAUAUGCCUGUGUCAAUGGCAUAGUGGUGAUAUUCGAUUAUGCGGAAUUCAGCACAGAAUUUAUUCCUUUGUUUACUCCAAAUGCUGUAAGGAAUUUGUUUUUGUAUCUCGAGAAAGCCUUGCCUAUACGCUUAAAGAUUCUCUAUAACAUAAACAUGCCAGUACUCGCCGAAAGGGCAAUAAGAGCAUUGCUGUCAUUCUUACCAGAGAAACUCAAAAGUCGGAUUCACAUUCAAUCCAGUUUCGGUGAUAUGCAGGAUAACAUACCCAGGAAAUAUUAUCCCAUGAAUUUGUGGUUUAAAUUCGAUGUAUUGAACAUGGCAGAAAUUAGACCGCUGCCAGAGGAAUUACAAAAAAUUGCCAGAGAGGAAUUGGGUGAAGUGCCUGAAAGAAUUCCCGAAGAGUUGAAAACUCUAAAAACAUGGAUACAAAUGCAGCCGCACUUAAAGUGCUGCACCGACGAUCAAUUUCUAAUACAAUUCCUCAGAGGCUCAAAAUACAGCAUGGAGAAGGCCAAGGCAAAACUAGAUAAGUUCUAUAGCUUAAAAACCAAAUAUUCAGAUUUGUUAUCAACAGUCGAUGUGAAUUCAACACUGUUUUGUGAAUACUUAAAAGCAAGGUCAUUCUGUCCUCUGCCCAUACCCUUAAAUGAAAAUGGACCUCGCAUUAUCUAUAUUCGAUUUGGAAUUGACCCUCGCGUAUUUACCACUAAUAUGGUCAUUACAUCCAUUAUAACAUUCCUGGAACUUUUGCUGCUGAGCGAUCCAUAUGCCUGUGUCAAUGGCAUAGUGGUGAUGUACGACUAUACCAAAUUUAGAACCGAUUAUAUUCCUUUGUUUGCACCAACUGCAGUCAAGAAUUUAAUGUUGUUUAUCGAAAAAGCAUUUCCUGUACGCUUUAAGUGUCUCUAUGUAAUAAACAUGCCUGCGAUCGCCGAAAGGACUGUUAAUGCUUUGUUGCACUACAUACCAGAGAAGUUGAAAAGUCGGAUUCACGUUCAAUCCAGUUUUGACGAUAUGCAGAAUAACAUACCCAGGAAAUAUUUUCCCAUAAAUGUGGGUGGAGAAAACGGCUCACUGGAUAAUAUCGCUGAGAAGUAUUUGAAACUGUGGCAAGAAAAUCGGGAAUAUUUUAAACAAAGCAUUAACUACGGCACUGAUGAACGAUUACGUUUGGGUAAUAAAUCCUUAAAUGAUAGUGAAUUUGGGACUGGUGGUACGUUUAGAGCGAUCAAUGUUGAUUGAUCUAAAUAGUAUGUCGUAGUUUAUAUUUCGUUACAUACAGGGCUGUUCCGGUUUUUGAUUUGCAAAACGCAAAAAAUUGUUUGCCUAUAUUUUUUAAGUCUUCCUAUUUUAUGAUUUGAUAUCACUUGAGGUUCUUCUUAUUUUAUAGAAAUUUGACUAGAGUAUGAACUCUAACAUAACCAAGGCUAAGUACGAGGGUUGCCUAUUAUAUUUCGGAUUAAGAGAACAAAAACAAAUAUUAAUCAUUGGAAAUCGCUUUAUUGUUUUUCAAAAGAUU